UUUGUACUGUUUUCUAUGGUCGCGUAUUUAGUGUAGUGCAACCGUACGGUCUUUGCGUAACGUAGUCGCGUGCAAGAACUCGCUUGUAACGACAUGUCUUUCUUUCGCCGAUUGAGGGUGCACUUCAGCUCGGGGCGGAUAGCGCUUUAUACAUUUUGCAUGUACAGUGGUUGUGUUCUGUUUUCUAAUGUCCCCCUUCCCUGACGACGCCACUACUUGCAAAGUGUUUACUGGCAAUUGUUAAAAUGUUGUACUUCAUUUUGCAGCGACAUAUCAAAGAUUUUGUUCAACUUGAAAUGUAACAGUUUACCGGAAAGAGCUAGCUACUUGUAUAUAGACUGCGCGCGCAUAUGAAAUACUGAACUUGUGAAUGAUUUGUGAAUUCUCGUGUUCAGCAGCUCUAAAAUGCACGCAGGGGCAGCGAGUUCAGUGGAUCUGAAUGAAGGUCUAACAAUCGUCGGUCAAUUUUAUGAAUAAGCUUCUCCCUACGAGCGAUCGCUGUUUGUAGUGCCAACAUUUGGGGCCGUGUAUCGAAGGAGGAAGCAUUUUUUUUUUGCUGUGGGCGAAGCUGUGAAUUAUCGAACACAUGGCGACAUCAGGUUACGUACAGUUCGAGAACGAUGACGAGACUGGAAUGGAGUCGACUGGCCAGGCAUGUGACUCCCCACCGACGUCAAGCGAUGCCCCGCCCCCAAACACCGAUGUCUCUGACACAGCAUACCAGCUUUCCCCGUCUGCUGUGGAAACGCCGAUCACUGACCUUCCACUGGAGCGAGGCAACGCAUCGAUGCUUGGCAACUCAGCACGGACGUCGAGUGACCCCCCACCUCCAUAUGCCCCGCCCCCGCCUUCAGCCCCUGCAGAUCUAAUGGUAUGGAGGCCCACGACUGGAUCGACUGAGGUGCCCCAUGACCACUGCACCUUGGCCAUCAUCUCAAUCUUCCUCUUCUGGCCAAUUGGCGUUGUAGCUCUCCGGAAGUCCCGUCAGGUGGGUCGACUUUUUGAAUUUGGGGAUAUCUCUGGUUCCCGGAAGGCGUCUGCACAAGCCAGAUUUUAUUCUAACUGUGGUAUCGGGUUGGGAAUCCCGAUGUUGAUGGUGACGUUUAUUUUGGGAAUUGUCUACGGCUCUUCGUUAUAACCAAUCUGCGCACUGGAUGGAACAUGUGUCUAGCUGCCCGGCGACUAGCGACGAGAACAUGCAUGGAAUGGCUCUACGAAAUAGCAAGAACUGAAAGGAGCCAUGCUAUGAUUUUCCCCCCUCAGACUCACUUUUUGCGCGUCUUCUUCAAGGUAUGAAAACUGCUUACUGUUUACAAUGGUAUUGGUGCACUUUAUACUUAUGUUUUUCAUUAUAUUCCUUUUUUUCCCUUUUUGUUCUUGGGGUCCCGGCUCAGCGCCUGCUGAUAAGGUUCCUUAAAUGACAAAAAAAAGUUGCCUCGUUUUCAAGUCGGUGAGGCAAAACUGUGAAUAGGGCCAAUUUGGAGAGACAUUCACUACCGACGAAUAAAUUUGCGGCUUUCAAACGGUUAUGUCAUCCCUAUAAGAGACUCAUAAUCAGUGAUACAUCAAGCAGGGGAGGGAGUGGGGCAAUCACCCCACUGAGACAUUUGUUUUUAAAAUUGAAAGCAGCAGCCGGGGAUGGGUGUAACAAACCUGGGUAAAAAAGAAAGUGGGUGGUCGCUUUUGCCAGAAACAAUUCAUGUCUCCCCCCUCCGACCAAAGACAUUGUUAACGCCACUGCAUCCCAUCGUAGCAAGCUGUUUUACAUGAGUUCUUGCAUGUACAAAAUAUCUUAUUAUCUUCAAUAUUUUGUAAAAGGAAAAAGACUCACCUUGAGAAACAUUCUCAAAGCUAGAGGAAUGACUCCCACAGCACAAAGCAUAUUUUUAAAAAGUUAUGUAAUAAACUAAGCAUUAUUUCCAUAACAUCAGAUCUUUAUAUAAAAUUUUAAUUUCUAUUUGAUUUUUAAGGGCAACAUUUCUAAUUAAAUCGGCUAUUGUACUUUUGA